AGAACGGACGUAGGCUUCUCACCACGAUUCGGAGCUCCGGACUGAAUAUUUUACGGCGAGGGAGGUUUGUCGGCGAGCUGAAUCGUCAGCUCCGGAAAUGGUGAAAGCCAUAAGGGUUUAUAAGCUUGGUGGGCCUGAGGUUCUUCAAUGGGAGGAUUUGGAUAUUGGAGAGCCAAAAGUGGGGGAGGUUCGAGUUAGAAACACGGUGAUUGGUGUAAAUUUUAUUGAUGUAUACUUCAGGAAAGGAGUUUACAAGGCUGCUACCAUGCCCUUUACUCCAGGCAUGGAAGCUGUUGGGACGGUGACAGCUGCGGGCCCUGGAGUAAACGACGUGAAAGUUGGAGACCUUGUUGGUUAUGCUGGUAACCCAAUGGGCUCAUAUUCUGAAGAACAGAUAAUCCCUGCAGACAAAGUUGUUCCAGUGCCUACCUCGAUUGAUCCUACAGUUGCAGCAUCUGUACUGCUGAAGGGUAUGACAGCUCAAUUUUUAGUCGGUCGCUGUUUCAAGGUUGAACCUGGACAUAUCGUCCUCGUUCAUGCAGCAGCGGGUGGAGUUGGAUCCUUGUUGUGUCAAUGGGCUAACAAUCUUGGUGCCACUGUCAUUGGAACUGUCUCAACAAAAGAGAAGGCAGCUCAAGCCAAGGAGGAUGGAUGCCAUCAUGUUAUUAUCUAUAAGGAAGAGGAUUUCGUUGCUCGUGUUCGCGAGAUAACUCGCGGAAAUGGUGUUUCAUGAAUUUUUUCCUCUUUCAAUGAACAGGGAUCGUUGGACUGUCUUAAAACUCGCGGCUAUAUGGUGAGUUUUGGACAGUCAUCAGGAACACCAGACCCAGUUCCACUCUCUGCACUUGCAGUAAAAUCUCUGUUCUUAACGAGACCGAUCCUAAUGCAUUAUAACUUAACUCGAGAUGAGCUGUUGAAGGCUGCACGAGAGUUAUUUGCAAACAUCGAAUCUGGUGCUCUACGGGUUCGUGUUAAUCACCGAUAUCGUUUAUCUCAAGCUGCACAGGCGCACGCUGAUCUCGAGAAUCGGAAAACAUCAGGGUCAGUUGUUCUUCUUCCUUAAAAGUACUGUCUUUGGAAAUAGUUCUGUACUCUGUAGUAUAAGUCUUUCAAGUUGGUUUAUGCUGUUGAUAGACAAAACCGUCUCUCUUUGAACUGGUUCUAUACUGAAUUUAUGUGCUUUGAAUAAAAAUAUAUAUUAACUU